AUGAUUUGUGAAAACAUAAAAGUCGAUUAUUAUGAAGUAUUGGGUGUUCAACAGGACGUAGAUGGUCAAGAGAUUCGACGUAAAUAUAAAGAGUUAGCACUCUUAUGGCAUCCCGAUCGAAAUAAAUCGUCUGAUGCUGAAGAAAAAUUUAAACUUAUUAAACAAGCAUACGAAAUUUUAAGUGACGAACAACAACGAAAAAAAUAUGAUGAUCAACAACUCAGACAGAAAAAUGUAAAACAACAACAAACAUCGACUUAUUGUACGACGUCAACAGUAACAACAGAACCAACUUGUUUUUAUCCAGAUGAAUUUAUGCAAUAUUUUCAAUCAGUUUAUCCUGUAGAUAUUCUUGGUGAUUUGUCGUUUUUUAAUAUGCAGACAUUUGAUGGUAUAUCUUCAAAUAACGAAUCUAACCUAUUUAGUGAUGUUCCCUUUUACGGUGAUAUUUAUUUUGUACCAGAAACGUCAAAAAAUACUACGCGGACAUUUUUUUCUCGUCUAUUAUCUAAUUUAUCCAAUUUUACAACAAAAAAUCAGCAUCAUCAUAAUCAUCAUAAACUUUCUGAUAAAAUGAACAAAAUGUCAAAAGAAAAACAUUCAAAAUCUCAUUCACUAUUUCCAGAUCCAAUUUACACAAAACGAAAAUCAUCUUCUUCAUCUAAGACUAAUCAAUUCUCAAGCAAACAACAUCAUCAUUCAAAACCAAAUAAAAUAUACAAUGUUCGUCAUUCAAAAUCAUCAUCGGUCUAUCUGUCACCAUCGAUUAAAUUUUUUGAUCUUCCACUUGUUUUUCCAGAAAAUUUUUUCGAUGAUGUUGCUCAAUUAAAUAAACAAAAUAAUUUGUUUAAAUUUGAUCCAUACAAUUUCUUAGAGACAAAUGACGUUCAUCAAACAUUAUCUCCUACUAAUCAUUCGCAAUCAAUUUUUGAACAACAAAAAUUUCCAACAACUGAUUCAUUUUUUGAUGAUCUUUCUAGUUGUACGAUGUGUAUAUCUCGAUCGAGUCAAGGAAAUCGAUUACCCUUUAAUACGUUAGCUUGCAAAGAUUUUCAAUUACCAUUUCUAUUUCCCUAUUUGACAACAAAAUCUGAAAAUUCAUCGAUUCGAAACAGUCCAAGUUCAUCGAGUGAAACGAAUCACAGUUCAGCAUCUGUAAUUUCAGUGUACAAAGAAAAAUCCGAAUCAAGCAAUAAUGAACGUAUAAGAUUAAAUCAUAAUCAUUCAGAAAAACCAAAACAUUCUCUACCGCCUUUAAAAUUCUCCAUUCAAAGUCUACUUUCUGAAGGGUCAUUAUCAUCGGAUCACGAAAAAUGCGAAAAAGAAGAAGAACAAGAACGAGUUCAUCAAUGUACAGUAGCACCAACGAUUGAGCAAUCCAUCUUACAAUGUCGUUCGUCAAAUGGUGGACGAGGACACAAAUCUCUACCCUAUCCAUUGCGAAAAGAAAAUGGUAAAAUUAUCUACGAGUGUCGAAUGUGUUUCAAAACAUUUAGUCAAUUAUCAAAUCUAAAAGUACAUUUGCGAACGCAUACAGGUGAACGACCGUUUACAUGUAAUUUAUGUCCAAAAUCAUUUACUCAAUUUGCUCAUGCACAAAAACAUUCACUUGUUCAUUCUGGUCUCCGACCAUAUCAAUGUCCACAUUGUCCAAAGAAGUUUUCUUCAACAUCAAAUCUAAAAACUCAUUUGAGACUUCAUAAUGGCGAAAAACCCUAUUUAUGUUCUCAAUGUUGUGCAAGAUUUACACAGUUGGUUCAUUUGAAACUUCAUAAACGAAUACACUCUGAAGACAUAAAUAUGACAUCGUAUAGCCCAGUUUUGUAA